UCCAAAACAAGCUCAGAUGAAUUUUCCCGCAUCCAAUUGUGGUCCUCACUGUUAACCCCACGACACCGUUUUUAAGUACCAUAGGCAUAGACCGGAGCUCAUCGCUUACAGUUAAUGGCCGUUAUACAAUUCUAAAUCUUCUUCAACCUCCAAGCGAUCAUAUUCAUAACCCAGAACUUCCAUUUCACUAGCUUUAGUGCUUCAUAUACAGACAUUAUUUGAUUCUUGCUUGAAAUGUUAGCUCUUUUUCGAGCAUCAACCAGUGCCAGACAAUUCAGCAGUAUUGUUAGAUCACCUAUUUUGAACUGUGUCCAAAUUAUUAUCCCACUACUGUGCGAUCUCAAGGUUCUAUAUGGAUCCCGAAUUGAUCUUUACCACUCGGUGAAUGAUCCGGGAAUGGACAAAUUUGCGAUACCCGGAAGAGAUUAUAGCGCCAACUCGGGUGUGGCGCGGUCUAAUUGGUUGAUUACUAAGCUCUGCAAAGAAGGAAAAAUUUGCGAAGCACGCCUGGUCUUUGAUAACAUGUGCGAGAGAGAUGUGGUCACUUGGACUACGGUGAUCACGGGGUAUAUUAAGUGUAGGAUGGUUGAUGAGGCGAGGAGGUUGUUUGAUAGAGUGGAUGCUAAGAAGAAUGUGAUUACUUGGACUGCUUUGGUUAGUGGGUAUAUAAGGUUGAAUAGGAUUAAGGAAGCUGAGAGGGUAUUCUAUGAGAUGCCAGUUAAGAAUGUGGUUUCUUGGAACACAAUGAUUGAUGGGUAUGCGAGAAAUGGUAAAAGUGAUUUGGCUUUGGAUUUGUUUGAGAUGAUGCCGGAGAGGAAUCUAGUUUCUUGGAACACUAUUAUAACUGCUUUGGCACAAUGCGGGAGGAUUGACCAGGCACAGAGGCUUUUUGAACAGAUGUGUGAAAGGGAUGUGAUCUCGUGGACGGCAAUGGUUGCCGGUUUAUCAAGAAAUGGAAGGAUUGAGGAAGCACGGUUACUUUUUGAUAGGAUGCCUGAAAGGAAUGUCGUUUCGUGGAAUGCUAUGAUUACUGGCUAUGCGCAGAAUAAGAGGUUGGAUGAGGCCCUUGACUUGUUUGAGAGAAUGCCGGAGAGGGACUUGCCUUCAUGGAAUACCAUGAUUACUGGAUUUAUUCAGAAUGGGGAGUUAACUAGGGCAUGGAAGUUGUUUAAUGAAAUGCCCCAAAAGAAUGUGAUAUCUUGGACUGCAAUUAUCACAGGAUAUAUCCAAGAUGGGCAAAGUGAAGAAGCAUUGAAGAUUUUCUUGAAAAUGCUGGUGGCCGAUGGGGUGAAACCUAAUCAGGGGACUUUCGUGUCUGUUUUGGGUGCUUGUAGUGAUCUAGCUGGUCUUAGUGAGGGACAGCAAGUUCAUCAGAUGAUAAGUAAAUCAGCCUAUCAGGAUUUUCCAUUUGUGGUAUCAGCACUCAUAAACAUGUAUUCGAAGUGUGGGGAGUUGGGUAGUGCUAGGAAGAUGUUUGAUGAUGGGAUGACAAGCCAUAGGGAUUUGAUUUCUUGGAAUGGUAUGAUUGCAGCCUAUGCACACCAUGGAUGUGGCAGAGAGGCAAUUAAUUUGUUCAAUGAAAUGAGGGAAUCAGGGUUCCAUCCUGAUGAUGUCACCUAUGUGGGGUUGCUCUCUGCUUGCAGCCAUGCUGGGUUGGUAGAGGAGGGGCUAAAGUAUUUUGAUGAGCUUGUGAGAGAUGGGUCCAUAAUCGUGAGAGAAGAUCACUACACAUGCUUGGUUGAUCUCUUUGUCCGUGCAGGCAGGCUUAAAGAGGCUUUUGAUUUUAUAAAGCGAAUUGGCACCAAGCCAUCAGCUUCUGUUUUGGGGGCUUUACUUGCUGGAUGUAAUGUUCAUGGGGAUGAGGACAUAGGGAAGCUGGCCGCAGAGGAGCUUUUAGAAGUGGAGCCAGAGAACCCAGGCACAUAUUUAUUGUUGUCUAACAUAUAUGCUUCAGCAGGGCAAUGGAGAGAAGCUGCUAAAGUGAGGUUGAAAAUGAAGGAUAAGGGGUUGAAGAAGCAGCCUGGUUGCAGUUGGAUAGAAAUUGGGAAUAGUUCGCAUGUGUUUGUAGUUGGUGAUAAGUCUCAUCGUCAGUCUGAACUUAUUUGUUCUUUACUUCGUGAGCUUCAUUCAAAGAUAAAGCAGGUUGGAAAUGUCCCAAUUGAUGAUAUGAUAGUAGAUGACGAAUUUUCAAUGACGUAAGCUUGAAUUGGCAGGAGUUUGAUGAUA